AUGCCGACUCCGCGCCCCGCAGAUCCACGUUACGCCGCGCCGUCGCGCAGUAGAGGAUUGCACGAGCUGGGCGUGCGGGAGCAGGAGACGCUCCUAUCCGGCACCAUCAUUAUCGAGCAACCGGAAUCCGCCAUCGGCGCGGUCGAGAUUUACGUCGACGACGGCAUGCACGCUGAAAGUCGCAGCGCAGUCGCUGUUAGUCGCAGCGGCGUCGCCAAUGAUCGCGGCUCCUCACAACCUGUCGCUUCCAAUUCCCCAAAAGCCCCCAAUUCCCCGGCUGCGGCUUCCGCCAGCUCGCUCGAGUCCCGCGCGUCGCCCGCUUCCCGCUCCCUCGUUAUUUCCGCGCUCGCCGCGGAGGCAAGCGACAACGCGGCUGGUGCAGCGGCGGGGGCUGGCGACGUUUCGACGACGUGCGACAUCAGCGACGGGAUGUGGGAGGCGGAUGCUAACCGGCCGCUGUAUUCCAGUCUUGACUGCCCGUUUAUUCACGCUGCAACGCAGUGCGACGCGCACGGGCGGCCGGAUACAGGGUACCAAAAACUGCGGUGGCGACCGACUCGCGAUAAUGCGACGGAAGGCGGCGGCUGCGACGCGAUGCCGCAACUGACGGCGAAGAGCGCGUGCGAGCUGAUGCGGAACAGGAACGUCGCUUACGUGGGGGACUCGAUCGUACGCAACCAUUUCAACUCGCUCGCGUGUAUCAUGUUCGGUACGCAAGGCGAACCCGAGGUCCUGGGCAGCCAUCCGUACGCGCAAGUGUACCACUGGCCGAGUUGUAACGCCACGGUGGCGUUCUAUUGGAGUCACUACCUCGUGAACCUCACUCUAAUCGACGAGCACGUGUUUAACACGGGCGGCGAGCUCGACCUGGAGAAUCCCGACGACUGGUGGUUUCGGCACUAUAACGAACACGACACAUUCGUUAUAAGCGCGGGGCAAUGGUGGUCAUCGGUGCGCAUCCAAGGCAAGAACAUCCACUUCGCGAGCCCGAACACCGACUUGCCGCUAUUUGACGCGUACCAAACCGCGCUUUUCUCCGUCCUCCGCCCGUUCGAGGACGUUAGCAGUACCGGCAAGCAGGUAGUUCUGACGCUCGUGCCGCCCACGCAUGGGUUCCACGGCAGCUGUUCGGCCACGCAGCCGGUUAGUGCGGAGGAUGCGCUUUCCAAGGAUUACCCCGAGGCAAAGUACAACAUUCUUCUCGCCGACGUGGCGCGGCGGUACGAAGCGCGCCGGGCGAAGCGCGGGCAUGGCGCGCCGCUGAUGCUUCUGGACAUUUUUGGGAUGUCGUUGACGCGGUGGGACGGGCACCCCGGGGAGCAUUCGGGCGGGGGUAACAUAGACUGCGGGCACUACUGCUUGCCGGGGGUGCCGGACUCGUGGAACGAAAUGAUGCUGGGACUGCUGUGGGUGCAGGACGGGCGAGGGAGAGGAGGGGUAGCAGGGGGAAAGCUGCAGUCCCUGACGCAAGCAGCAGCGAGACUCCCUCACACUAACAGUGACACUCCCUUAGCCAGCAGCGCGCCGAUGGCCCUGUUCAGCUCGGGUGUACCGCUGCAAGGAGGAGGGGUGGGCCUGCAGAUUCUCCUGGCCGCCAGCUCAUCGUCGAUCGUCAUCCGAGCUGCCAAUCUAGUGGUGGGCGUGGGCUUUCCAGUCUUCCGCUCGUUCAAGGCCAUUGAGGAGGGCUCUCAGGCGGACCGCAACAGAUGCCUCGCGUACUGGUCGGUGUACGGUUGCUUUCGGGUAGUGGAGACAAUCACCGACAGGAUCAUAUCGUGGCUACCCUUCUAUCAGCACAUCAAGCUGCUCCUGCUGCUCUGGCUGCAGCUGCCCUCCACCUCCUCCUCCCGCCCAGCCACGGGGGCAGGGCGGCUGUACGCUAGUCACCUGAGGCCCGUGCUGCUGCGCUACCGGCGGCACAUUGACGGGGCGCUUGUUAGCAUCGACCGCUGCAUGGCGUCCUGGUUCCACGCCCAUCAGGAGGAGCUCUCUGCUGCAGCACGCAUGGCCCAGUCUGCAACCAGGGCAGCACUUACUGCUUUGGACUCUGCAGUCUCGUCAGCUGCUGCUGCCCUCCCACCCCCUGCUGCUGAUGGCCCUCCUGCUGCCACGUCAGCGGCAGAUGCUGAUGCCAGGAAUGAUGUCACUGAUGAUGUCAGCGGACCUAACAGGGACGGUGGUGAGCUGCAUGACGUGGCAGGUGGAGGGGAGUCGGGGGAGGAAGGGGACGGGGGAGGGGGAGGCGGGAUGAGGGGAGGGAGAAGGUGA